AUGGAUAAGAGAAGUUUUCGGCACAAGGACCAUGCUGAAACAAGCUCGUCCCGCCCUCCAAAGCGACGAAAGGCUUCCAACCAUGACCUGGGCAAUGUGGUUCAUGAGUCGCGAAAGGGCUCGACCUCCAUACAACAUGACCAUUACAGCAUCGCCUGGAUCUGCGCGCUGCAUAUAGAGCUGGAAACAGCUUGGGCCAUGCUAGACGACAUUCACGAUCCCCUGCCUCAAAGUGCGAAUGAUAGUAAUACCUAUACACUGGGAAGUAUCAACCACCACAAUAUCAUUAUUACAUGCCUGCCAGCUGCCCAAUACGGAACGAAUAACGCGUCAAGCGUAUUAAACCAUCUAAUGUAUACCUUCCCAUCGAUCCGGCUGUGUUUGACGGUGGGGAUAGGUGGUGGCGUCCCAAGUCAGGUUGAUGUGCGUUUGGGUGAUAUCGUCGUCGGAACAAGGGUGAUGCUGUAUGACCUUAAGAAAACCGAUAACGUCCAGGAAACAGCCAUUCCUAAGAUUCUUGACCAGUUUCUCGGGACAGCCGUGUCUGCCCUCCGUUCCAAACACGAGCUGGAGCCCAGUCGAGUCCCAUCUAUCUUACAGGAGAAGCUGGGAGGACUCCCCGAGCACGGUCGCCCGAGCUCGCCAGAUCGCCUCUUCUACGCGACAUAUGAUCAUGAAUCUCCAAUAGCUAGCUGUGACGGAUGCGACCGUUCGAUGCUGGCGCCACGAAGAAGACGGAUAUCGGAUAAUGUGCAGAUCCAUUAUGGCGGGAUCGCCUCAGGGAACCAAGUCAUGAGAAGCGGCACUACCCGGGACGAACUUGCUCGACAACUCGAUGUUAUAUGUUUCGAAACGGAGACUGCUGAUCUAAUGAACAAUAUGCCUUAUCUCCCAAUUCGAGGAAUCUGCGACUACUCGGAUUCUCACAAGGGCAAAGAAUGGCAGAAGUUUGCCGCAGCGACCGCGGCUGCAUACGCAAGGGAACUUCUCGAGGAGCUUCCCGUGGCCAAAGUGCAUGCAGGAAUUGAUUGCAUACCCAAUCCCCUACAACUUCGAGUCACUGCUGCUCACUCUAGAUGUUUAGACCCAAGUUCAUCGCACGAACACCGGCAGGGCUUGCUGAAGUCCCUCAAAUUUGAGCAAAUCGAUUCUCGUCAAUCAACCAUCGAAAAGCCCCACGGUAAAACGUGUCAAUGGUUUCUCAACCACCCCGACCACCAGGCAUGGCUUGAUCCCGGAAAAGUAAGAGAACAUAGCGGCUUUUUGUGGAUCAUGGGCAAGCCAGGUGCUGGUAAGUCGAUAAUCAUGAAGUUCGCAUACAUGCAGAGCAAAGCUCGCCAUAAGCCUGCUAUCACUGCUGGCUUUUUCUUCAACGCCCGAGGCGAAUACUUGGAAAGGUCAAUUUUAGGGAUGUACCGAUCUCUGCUACUCCAGCUGCUUGAAGGGUACCCCGAUCUCCAGACAGUCUUGGACGAUCCAGACCUUGUUUCUCAGAGUCAGAGUGGUUGCCCUUCCUUGAAUGUGCUCAAGGACCUCUUUCGCAACGCAGUUUCCGCCCUUGGUCAACGCUCAUUUACCUGCUUCAUCGAUGCUCUCGACGAGUGUAAUGAACAACAAGCUAUGGACACGGUCCAAUAUUUUGAAGGGCUUGCAGAGCAAUCCUUGGACAAGGGCGUCCCGCUCCGGGUCUGUUUCUCUAGUCAACAUAAUCCCCAUAUCGUCAUUCAACAGGGGAACCAGCUGAUACUGGAGGAUCAGCCAGGUCAUACCGAAGACCUGGCGCAGUACGUCGCAAGUCACCUCCGAAUCACAGACCGGACGCUUGUCGAGGAGCUGCAGCCCAAACUAGUCAGCAAAGCCGGUGGGAUUUUUCUCUGGGUCGUCCUAGUUGUCGACAUUCUUAACAAAGAAAGCGAACGAGGUCGAAUAGCUAUAAGAAAGAGACUGGUGGAAACUCCGAGUAGCUUGAAUGAACUUUUCAAGGACCUGUUAAGGAGGGACAACAAGAACAUGGAGGAGCUACUGCUCUGUAUCCUCUGGAUCCUCUACGCAAAGCGGCCAUUGAGACCAGAGGAGUACUAUCACGCACUAUGGUCUGGAUUGUCCCUGAAGAAUCUUGCCGACCCUGAAAUCCCGAUUAUUACCGACUCUGAAGGCAGUGACAUCUUCGCAAGAUAUAUCAUCAGCUCUUCGAAGGGACUCGCUAAAAUCACGAAAGCCAAGCAACCAACCGUGCAAUUCAUACACGAAUCCGUACGAGAUUUUCUCCUCAAAGAUGGUGGUCUCCAUGAGUUGUGGCCUGAUCUUGGAUUUAACCGGAAGAACCGAAAGAGCCGAAACCAUAACAGGCUCAAAGAAUUUUGCGACUCAUAUAUGAAUCAUCAAUUGCUGCAUGCAUCUAUGAAUGGGAUAAAAUUGAAAACUACGGAAAUAUCAAAGUGGUAUCCUUUUUUGGAGUAUGCCAGUCAGAAUGUUCUCUACCAUGCCAACGCUGCGGCGGAUGCGGUUCCUCAAGACCACUUUCUAUCUCGGUUUCCCGUUUCCAACUGGAUCAGCCUCAUCAAUCUUUUUGAAAAGUUCAAAAUUCGUCAAUACAGCCCGGAUGCAAGUCUCUUCUAUCUUCUCGCAGACAAAGGAUUCUCGGAGCUCAUCCGCACAAGACUCGAAGAUGAUCCGCAUGUUCAUGUUCUUGGAGAGCGAUACGGGUACCCAUUGUUUGCCGCUUUGGCCAACGGUAACAAAGAUGCUGUUGCUGCUCUUCUGAAUUCGCCCUCGAGCAUCUGUAACGGAGUCGAUAUUACAGAAGGUCUGAAUUGCAGAGAAGACUUGAAAAGAUACAAAAAUCGAACACCGCUAUCUUGGGCUGCCCAGGAUGGUCGGGUGGGCAUUGUCAAGCUGCUUCUACAGACAGUAACGACCGUUAAUGACGUGGAUAGGGGGGGGCAAACGUCACUUUCACGGGCUUCAGAGAAUGGCCAUGAGGCUGUGGCGAGGCUUCUCAUCGAGAAGGGAGCCGAUGUCAACGCCAGAGAUAAUAGUGGGUUCACACCACUUUCAUUGGCCUCACGGAAUGGUCACGAGACGGUGACGAGGCUUCUGAUCGACAAGGGAGCCAACAUUAAUGCCAGAGAUAAUGAUGGGAUCACACCACUUUCAUUGGCCUUACAGAAUGCUCACGAGGCGUUGGCGAGGCUUCUUAUCGACAAGGGAGCUGAAGUCAAUGCUAGUGAUGCGUUUGGAUCGACACUACUAUUAGAGGCCCUAGAAAAGAGCCACGAGGCGAGGCAGAAUGAUAUGCAGAGAGACGAGAAGGUUCAUUUUAGGAGAGACGAGGGGACCUCACAGCUCUUGCACUGCCCAAUACUACCGAACUGCUCUUUGGCACCAUCUAGUAAUUUCUGGACGGACGCAGAAGUGAAAGAGCAUGUCAAGAACUGCCACCCAGGCCGGCGACUCGAUCCCACGCUGGCGCCUCCCACAGACUCGGGAUACGCGUCCGCGCCAGGGAUGGAGAGCGAGAUUAACAAGUCGGAAAAUCAUGGCGACCAGGCUGCUACACAGUCUAUGCAGGAGCGGACCGAGCAAGACGUUAGUGACACGGCUACAGAGUAUUCGAACACAUCCAGCGCGAUGUUUUCGAGGCAGCAGACUUACAUAUGGGAGCUGGCAGACGACUUGUUCAGGAGGAUCGGCUCGUUGAAUGCGGACGAAAAGACACAAGGAAAGGUCUCGGCGAUUCUGCCCGAGCUGCUCAAAGCCUUUGCACUGAAGAUUGGGCAUGAUGCCCCGACCCAAAUGCAUCGGGAUGUUAUGGCUUUUGUGCAUAGGCAUAGACGGCGAGUUGAUUGUUCUCGUGGCCCGCGUGAUAUUCUGACAGCUGUACGCGUUAGUGAAAUUGCCGCGGCCUUUACAGAUAUGGGGAUUAUAAACGAGGAAGAUAACAUCGAGCAAAGCACGCCCGAUUCGAAUGCAAUGGGCCCAGAGGAGCGCGUAAGCCGUUGGCUUAGGGACGAAAGCAUUGAAGAAGCCGGACAGGAGGAAGAGUGUCAGAUGUCAUCCUCCGCGACUCCCACAUUCGUGGGUGUGGGAGAUGCGGAGGAUGAGGACGAGUCUGAGCCUGAGCCUGAGCCUGAGCCUGAGCCUGACAAUUGGCUCAAUGCAUACCGAGAGUUCGUCUUCAGCACUGAUGCUUUCAAAUGGCUACUGGCACGCUUGCGGAAGGAAAUUAAUCUCGUUCAUACGGAACCGAACACCAUCCAAGUAAUUAGAGAAAGGAUUAUAUCAUCACUCCCUAUACCUCACAAGAUUAGUAGGAAACUACCUUCUUACACCUACAGUGUGAGAUUUGACCUCGAGUGGGACAUAUUUCAAUUUUUCAAGGCACAGAAGUAUUUAAAGCCGCCGGAUGAGGUGCUUGAAGGUGUCAUCACUUUGACGGGGUCUUGUUUGGACGCGCAGGCGGCAACUUGUGCUCAGUACAUGCACCAGACUUGGCCGUUGGCAGGGGAGGCCACUCUACAAUUGGUCAAGGAUAUACUCAGAGACGGAAAAUGUCAUUCUUCUGUGUUAGCCGACGGAACGAAGCUCAGCGCGUGGAUCAGCAAUUCGAGGUUCAUUGCCGAAGCUUAUGGUGUGUCUGAUUCUGUUGCAGAGACUGGAGAACAGCUUGCCUGGCUUGGAGCCGCUUUAACAACUUCGACAAGACAGAACAAGCUCGUCUACUGCACGCCGAUCAUCAGUAAGAUUGUCCAGAACAACACGCCAUCGCCUCAGGUCGGAUUUCAGUCAUCAUCGAUCGAUCUCACUUGCAGAAUCGAGUUUACAACAGAAGAGGUACCGCAAGCCCCCGGCACUAUUAAUGGCCAGUGCUGGCAUGAUUUUUUCAAGAACCCAGUUGUCGUAAGGGGAUAUCCCAUUCCCAAGCGAAUGGAGUGGGCUACCGGCCUGGAGAUUCCUAUCAAUAUUAUGGCGAGACUAGCUCGGUCGCAACAAGUCGAUAGGUUUAAAGACAAGGUCUACAUCAAGGGCUUCUCAACGAUGUUGGUUCCGACCCGGCAGAAUCAAGAUAUUCUUUACUGGCAUUUAAUUUAUAAUAGGAACGGGGGUCGGAUAUCUUAUCUGGAUGAUUUUAUAGACCAAAAUCCGCAGUUUACUCACUGCAAACUAGAAUCCCUAGAAAACAUUCGCCAUGUCUUGGGAUGGUGCUCGAAGGUCCAAUUCAAUGCUGGUUCGACCUUAGCAGAUUACCCUCCCGUCGCCCAUUCAUGCCUUCCCGAACCACGGAAAGGGGGUGCGCUCACCAACACUUAUGUGUAUCGGGGGCAGACCAUCGAAGAGUCGUCCUGCCAAUUAGGUGCUAAGGAUACACCCGUUCGAGAAACUCAUGAUCCUUACCACGAGCGGCUGAACUGGAUAUCCACCAAGUUCGUCCUCCUCUGGGAUGAGCACGACAAACGUGGUUGGCUCAUUAAUGGUACGAGUGCUCUAUUGCAUGUUGUACGAGCAUCUUUGGCACAUGAUGGGACCAAAUUUCGAUCUUCAUGGGCUUUUAAAAGCAAGGACCUGCAAGUACCGGAUGGACCCUUCAUGGCCAACUCUUCCAUUGACCUGCUGAACAUACCUGAGAACCUGGACCUUGCCCUGUUUCGCAAGGAUAAGAAUUCUCUUCUUAGGAGCCGGGUUGAGUAUUUCUGCAACGUGUUGGAGAAACUCAUCGACCAUCAGGCGGACAUUGCGGGAAAUUACGGCGUGAAAAUGAGUAGCAUGCCGAGAACGUGUCUUGAGGGCUGGGACUUCGAGGACCUGGCAAUGAGGAUCGACCGGUUGCCUUCUCGCGCGGCAAAACUGAAGGCGCACGGCAAAGCAUGGGUUGACUUCACGAGAGCCAUUCAAGCUGUCACGUUAGUUGGCAGUGGCUUUGGCGAUAUUAUCCAGCCGAAUAACCCGGAUAUUUGCAGUGACUGGGCCAAGCUGCCAAAACACCAAUAUUACAUCGCAAUGUGCGUCUCCGAUUUCAGCAGGGUGGUCAAAAAGCAUGGCUUUCACGACGAUGGCCGCAUUCGGCUCAGCGAUAGCCUAAUAUGGCAUACUCCAAAGACUAUCUUCGAGUCUUGUCAAUGCAGCGGUGCCUCAAAUCAGGGCGGUUGCGAUCCAGUACAAACGGUUUUCCCGUUGGCACUUUCUAGCGAGUUACCUGAAGAGUCACGUCGUUCAAACAGACGACAAUUGAUACUUGGACCCGCAGAAGAUAAAGGAGCUCUCAUUUUUGGACAUAACGCCGAUUUCUCGUGGGUCUGGGAGGACGCAGGUCAUCCAAAGAAAUGCAACCUCGAAGGCCCGGGUUCACCUAGUGACAGCGGUAUUGGUUCAACUCUGACAACGUAUUCGAGUGACGUCCAAACAAACACUACGGCGAAAAGAUAUCCCCGAUAUCGUUACACUGUCGGGAUCAUUUGCGCUUUAUCGAAAGAGUUGAAGGCAGUACGGGCUCUGUUUGACACCCCCAACGCCACGCCCGAGACACCAGACGGGGAUGAUUGUUAUUAUGCGGCCGGCCAAAUGGCGCGGCACAUGGUCGUAGCCGCAUGUCUCCCUACCAGCGGGUAUGGGAUCACCCAAGCCGCUAAACUGGCAUUGAACAUGAAACGCAGCUUCAGCGGCCUUCAAUUCUGCCUCUUAGUUGGCAUCGGUGGCGGUGUGCCCUCAGAGCAGAACGACAUUCGCCUUGGUGACGUGGUCGUCGGCAUUCCCCAAGGCAUCUACUCCGGAGUAUUUCAGCACGAUUUCGGCAAAGAGAAAGGGAGCAGCGGCUUCGAGCGAACGGGUUGGUGCCAAGGCCCUCCAGACAGCCUCACCAAUGCCAUCAGCUUCUUGCAAUCCGAUCCGAAGCCGACGGACGAUCCACUACGCGAACAUCUCGACAAAAUCUCCUCAACAAUUCCCCCGACCGAUGAUGGGAAGCCUCACAAAUACCGCCAUCCAGGACAGGAGCUCGAUAAGCUGUUCGAAACCUGUUCAACGUGUCCAUCAUCACAAAAUGACUGCCCUAGAGGGGGAUCUCAUGUACGACAGCGCGGCCCGCGGCCGACCAACAAGCCGAUGGUUCACUUCGGACUCGUGGCGUCAGGAAACUGCGUUGUUAAAGAUGCAGCGUUCCGCGACGACCUAGCUCGCGAGCAGCCCGUGAUGUGUGUCGAAAUGGAAGCCGCUGGCGUGGUCAAUACGUUUCCGUGCCUCGUGAUUCGCGGUAUCUGCGAUUACUGCGAUGUGCAUAAGAAUGACGACUGGCAGGAAUAUGCGGCCGCUACGGCGGCGGCGUAUGCGAAACAUUUGCUCAGCGAGACUAGGGUUCCUAAACGUGGACGGUCAGAAGAUGAGGAGGCACGAGAGAGCGGUAGGGUACGGUAG